AUGUCUUUUAUUCAUACCGCAUCAGCAGAAUGUGCCAAGUCAGAACUGGAUAUUUUUGAAAUUCAACCGACGCAGACAAGUAUAGAAAAAAGUCUGUAUGUGGAGGUGCAACCAUUAGCAGCUAUCUCAGAUACAGCCCCACUUGAAUUUUACAUUGCAGGCAAUGGAGAAAGCUAUUUUGAUCUGAAUAAUACUCUGCUUUAUAUAACGUGUAAAAUUGUGAAACAAGAUAACACGCCAAUACCCGAUGAUGCACGCGUUAGCCUAAUUAAUUACCCGAUAGCUACGCUAUUCAAUCAAGUGGAUGUUACGCUGGGUGAUAGGCUUAUAUCGCAGUCCAACAACCUUUACACGUACCGUGCCUACAUUGAAACUAUUCUAAAUUAUAGCCGUGAUGCACUGUCUACUAAAUUCACAGCUGGCUUAUUUUACAUGGACACGGCGGGGCAGCAUAAUACACGUGUUUUAGGCGGUGAUAACAAAGGCUUUGCAAAACGUGCUCAAAUGACAGCGGGCAGUCGCACAGUGGAGCUACUGGGACACUUACACAGCGACCUCUUCUUUCAGGAGAAGUUUAUCAUCAACGGCGUAGACCUAAGAAUAAGACUCACACGGAAUAAAGACUCAUUCUGCUUAAUGUCUGCGGACCCUGAACCAUUCAAGAUACAAAUUCUGCAGGCUUCGCUGUUUGUGAAAAGGGUGCAAAUCUCUGCGGCUGUACGCAUAGGCCAUGCCCAAGGCCUUUUAGCCGGCCAUGCUAAAUACACUAUAAACAAUGAAGACAGAGUUGGAUUAAAAGUUUACAGCAUAGCUCAGGGGACCCGUGUCUGCAAUUUUGAGAAUUUAUUUUUGGGGCAAUUACCAAAAUUGUUAAUCAUCGGAUUUGUGGAUAAUGAUGCAUUUUCAGGAGCCUACGACAAGAACCCUUUGUUUUUCAGGCAUAACUUUGUAAAUUUUGCUGCGCUUUAUUUGGACGGCGAGCAAAUACCCGCAAAACCAUUCCAGCCUGACUUUGAAAACAGAAACGCUAUACGUGAAUACACAGCUCUUUUGCAAACAGCCGGUAAACAAAACACCGAUUCUGGAUUUCUUCUAAAUAGAGAUGAAUUUUUGGAUGGUUACACGCUCUUUGCGUUUGAAUUGUCAGCGGAUCACGAACAUGGAAACCAUUUCUCUCUGAUACGUAACGGCAACCUAAGAGCUGAAAUUCGCUUCUCUAGAGCUUUAGAGAGGACUGUCAACCUGAUAGCUUACGGCGUUUUUGAUAAUAUUAUUGAGAUAAACCAGCGACGUGAGAUUUUGUACGAUUACCUCUAA